AUCGAAACGGCGCUUGGCGAGGUCGGCAGCGAGGUGCGACGACCACGCCCAUCGAGCCGGUUGCUACGAGGAGGACGACGACCAUGGACGAUGUCCAGUACUCAUUCGCCGCCAAGCCGCGGCCAGUGCAGACAACGCGGUCCAAGUACCGCGAGAAGAAGCCGAGCAACACGGUCUUCAACAUCAUGAACGACCCGCGCGUCGCACGUGGCAGCGUGUACGCCGCUGCCAACUCGAUCCAUCUCAAGCGUGACGCAGCGCCGCCGGCGCCAAUGGCCCCUACGCCGACCAUGCCUGUCAAGAAGAACUCGAUCUACGAGCCACCAACAUCCCUCAACACUUACAUUCCGGUCGACUUGACCGCCUUCUUGGUCGAGCAGACGCCAACGAUCGAGAGCUUGGACGUGCAGACGCAGACCGACGCCUUUCUCCGCAACGACAAGCACAAGAAGCCGUUUGCGCUCAAGAAGACAGGCAUCGACACCUCGACCGAGAUUCUCGAAGAAGACGGCCUCUUCAACUUUGACGCCGAGGUCCAGCCGCUCCUCAAUGUCCUCGUCAACAAGACGCUGCAGCAAGCGCGGGCCGAGGUCGAGCGCGAAACCGAGCUCCACCACAUCUCUCUCUACCUCAGCGACUUGCACGUCAAGAAGCGGGUCGAAGCCGACGGCGUCGCCAAGCUCGUCGAGGCGGCGGUCGCAGCGCAGGAAGCCAAAGAGCGAGAGACAGCAGAUCGCGCCCAGCGCCUCGCCGAAAUGGACAUUCUCCAGCAAAAGGUCGCGGCGCUCAAGGUCGGACACCGGCUUCUUGACGACGCGAUCGAGACGGCCGACGCGCAGCUGCGCAAGAACGGCGUCUUCUACGACCCGCUAAAGCGCCUCGUCGAAACAGGCUUCAUGAAAUGGAUGUACACGCAGGCCGACGCCGCCGUCGACGCGCACCUUGUCGCACACGCGCUCCUCCACGACCUUCUCGACCACAGUCUCCGCAAGCAGCGAAUACUCGCAACGCUCGCGCGGUUGCCGACAACUGGCGACGGUCGCCUCGUGCUGGACGCGCGCCACGUGGAUCUGUGGGUGGUGCCAGCGAUUGGACCGAUUGCAUAUUUGCCCAGCCACACCUUUGCCACGAUCGAAGCAAGUAUCGAGGCAUGGCUGCAAGGCAACGCGUCGACGGCCGAGGUGCCGCGACCCGACGGCGGGUACCUCCAAGCCCUCUUUCCGUAGCCGCCGUGUACAGACGCAGGAUGUCCCAUAGACUAAACAUACCUCGUAGUAUCAACCCAGAUCUUAUCGUAAAUUGGGUCG